AUGAAAAUAUCUUUCAAUACUGCUUCGUAUUUAUUGAAUAAUCCAGAAAUUCAUAACUGUGUUGUUAUGAAAGUCAUACAUGAUUUACAUGAACAAGAAUAUCUUGUUGCUUAUGUACAUGUUACGAUCGAUGAUUUCGAAAAACACAAAAAUGAAAUUGAAAAACAAAUAAAAGUUCAUUGCCAACAGAACUUACCAUCUUAUAUGAUACCAUCAUUUUUCAUUGUUAUGAAGGAAUUUCCAUUGAACCAAAAUGGUAAAGUAGAUCGAAAACAACUCCCAAAGAUUGAUAGAGCAUUACUCAUUGAUGGCAAACUUGAAUCAGACAACAAGAAUAUUAAUACCAAAGUAAGCUCGCCUCUUGAACAAGUAUUAUGGAAGAUAUUUGUUGAAUCUUUUGGCAUCCCUGUUGAUACUAACAAAAUCAAUACAGAUAUAUCAUUUUCCGCAUUAGGUGCAUCUUCAUUACAUGCUAUGAAAGCAUUAACAUUAAUUCGCCAACGCAUUUAUCCACAAAUGGAUUUUCGAUUAUUGUUUGCCAAUCCAACUGUACGGCAAUUAUCCAAUAUUUUGGAGCCACUGAUAUCAUCGAAUAUAAUGGAUGAAAAAGCCAAAGUAGAAAGUCAAAAUGGCAAUCUUGUUGUUAAAAAUGAACUACAGCAGCAACGAUUGAAACCAUCACUCAGCAUUGAAACAUGUAGUGUGGUAUUAUUGGCUUUGAUCUAUAUAUCACCAGUUUUAGGUAUAACUCAAUUGCAUCCUUUUUCGUCGUUAAUUUUCAAUAUAAUGUUUUACCUGAUAACAAUACCUUCUUUGCAUCUUAUGCAAUAUAUACUUAUUAGUAGAUUAUUAUUUCCUUUUGGUUGCCAACAAGAGCAAAAUGAAUACCAAUUAUUUUCAUGGACAUACUAUCGUCGAUGGUUCUUACAACGGCUAUGGUUUUUAAAUACAAGCUAUUUAAGUAUAUUAUUGGGCACUUCAUUUUAUAAUCUGUAUCUAAGAUUAUGUGGCGCAAAUAUCGGACAAAAUACACAUGUGUUAACAACAUUAAUUGAUGUUCCCGAGUUGAUAGAUAUCGGUGAUUCGGUAUUCAUUGGAAAAGAUGUCUUUCUUUGUAAUAUUCUUUAUCAUCAGAAAACAUUUCAAUUGACAAGGAUAAUAAUAAAUAAUAAUUGUACAAUUGAUGCAGAAAGUGUUUUGUAUGGCAAUGUUGAAGUUAAAGAUAAAGUUUUGAUGAAAUCAAUGUCAUCUGUUACUGGAUUGGUUUUAUCAAACAGUAUUAUUGAUGGACAAAACACAUCAUAUGGAUCAUCAUCGUGUAUGUCAAAUCUUUCCAAUAGUCACCAAUUAACAAAAUUUAAAACUAGGCAUACACUUUAUCAAUUUUUGUGCAUCGUCAUGGUGCUCUUGACACAUACUUUGUCAAUCUAUUGUGGAUAUUUGUCGUCAUUUACAUUUAAAGACAAUAUUGGUGUUCUAUUUGGUUCAAUUAUUUAUUUACUUCUUUCGAUGAGUAUGGCUCUUGUUUUCUUUUUUAUUUUAAUUGGAAAUAUACAAUCUUGUACAAUUUAUAAAAUGGAUACAUUUGGUUAUUUACACAAAAUAUGGUUUCGUAACUUGAUUACAAAUACAUUUAUUCAUUCUUUUUCUAUUCUACCAAAAACAUAUCAUCACUAUUUGAGUGCUGUGAUUAGUAAAAAUGUAGAGAUUGGUAUUACGAUGCCGGAUAGUUUUAUUGGCUUUCCUGGUUCACCUAAUCUCAUACAAAUUGAUGAUAAUGUCACGGUUAGUUGCGAUUAUUUAUUGAUGCCAACGGAAAUGACACAUGAGCAAGAAUGUGUAGUUAAUAAAAUACAUUUAACUGAAAAUGUUUUCCUCGGUAGUAUGGUUACAAUACAACAGGGAGCACUAAUAGAACCUAAUACAACAAUUGGUAGUCUCACACGGAUAACGGCACUGAAUAAUAUAUCAACUAUUAAUAACAACCAUACGUUUUUCUUGGGCAUACCAGGAGAAAGUAUACCAUUGACAUCCUUAUCAGCUAGAACAUCGAACCUACAGUCAUUUUCAAAGUUGCCAAAUUAUAAAUAUUGGUUUAAUAUAUGGAAGAUUAAUACAAUGUUCUACUUUAAAUAUAUUUGUUCAUUACUAGCUCCAAUAAUCUUGAUUUCCAUAUGUAAUAAAUCAAUCGAUUUAUCGUCGUAUACUACUAUAAUAUGUAAUGUUAUAUGGAAUUUAUUCUUAUUUAUAUUGUUCAUCUUUUAUUGUGCCAUAACAUGUCUGUAUGACGAAAAAUGUCGUCGUUUUUACCAAGAGAAUAACGAAUAUACGUACAACUUUAAACGAUUGCCUCUGAUGAACGUAUAUCACGCUAAUGUAAUUGAUCAAUUUCUAUCUGGCACACAAUGGAUUGUUUUUCUGUUACGUUUCAUGGGUGCAAAAAUCGGAAAUAAUUUAAUUGUUAAUGACUUUUUCUCGAUAACAGAUCCACAGUUAACAGAAAUCAAUGAUGAUGUCCGAAUUUAUUCAAGAGCAAUUAUUCAGGCAAGUUACUUUUAA